GGCAAGAAGAAGGCAAGGUGUCAUUAUUGUGGAAAGCCACUGGCUGGGGAUCCCUCGGGAAAUGGUACAAGUUCUUUGGGUAGGCAUACUCAAAGGUGCUUAAAGAAACAAAAAGAAAAGGGAAGCAGUUGAAUCUAGAACUCAAUCCAACUUCUGUUGAAGGGCAAGGAGUUUUGGGGACUUGGAAAUUUGAUCAAGCAUUUAUUAGAGCUGGGUUAGUUGAAAUGAUAACUCUAGAUGAAAUGCCUUUUAGGAGCGUGGAGAAAGAAGGGUUUAAGCGCUUCAUGGCACGUGCUUGUCGGAUGUUUAAGAGAUUACUUCAAGAUCAAGUAUUGAACAGGUUGGUUUACAUGGUUGUGGUGUUUGAUCCGAGGCAUAAGAUGAAUUAUCCGGAUCAUAUUUUCAAGAAGAUGUGUGGAGAGGAUAGGGAAAAAGUUUUGGUGAAAGAAUUGAAUGAUGAACUUGAGAAUUUGUUUGAAUAUUAUCAGAGUAAGAUGCCUCCUCCUGCUCCUUCUCCUACAAAACGUCGAGUACAAGUUGCCACUUCAAGUUCACCAAGAUCAGAUAGUGAUUCUGAAUCUUAUGAUGAUUAUGAUCCUGAUGAUGAUUAUGGAAAACCUCAAGCUGGUCAUACUAAGAGUGAGUUGGAGAAGUAUCUUGAUCAUCCUCGAGAAUAUGAUGAUGAUGAUGCCAAAGAAGAGUUUGAUGUGUUGAAGUGGUGGAAGACUAAUGCUAUGAUGUAUCCCAUCUUGAGUGAGAUGGCAAAGGAUCUGUUUGCUAUUCCUAUGUCAACUGUUCCUUCUGAGUCUGUUUUUAGCACAAGUGGGCGUGUUUUAGAUGAAUUAAGGAGCUCUUUGCAUCCUAAGAUUGUGGAAGCUCUCAUAUGCAGUCAAGAUUGGCUUAGAUCAAGUUCUAGUGAGUUUGUGGAGCAUCUUGAUGGUGAAGAUGAUGAUUAUGAGGAUCAAGAAGACUUCGUGAAUGUUUACAAUGCUAUUAUGGUGGAUGAGGUGGAAAUGUGUGAGCAUGUGAGUGGACACGAAGGUACAAGUACGAGCAAUGUCGGAGGGAGUGAUAUGUUUGGCUCGAGGAGUGGAACAAAUCAAGGAGGUGGAUCUAAUGCUUCAUUUGUUUCUCUUGAUCUUGAUGAGUAGAAAUGGUUUGGUGAAUUUGUUAUUUUGGAGUGAAUUUGGUGUUUGAUGUCUAAACUUUGGUUGUGAACUUGUAAUGCACUUUAUUUUUAUUUUGAAGUUUGAAUUCGACUUUGAGUUUGUAAUAGACAUGAAUGAUGGUUGUGAUUUUGUAUU